UUCGUGGGGUCACACUGGUGUACGAUUUUUUGUCAAUCAUUUGCUGCUGAAAAUAAAUUAAAAAACACUGUUAAAAUGGCCGCGCGCGGCGAUUUGAUUGCACAAUUCAUAGAAAUCACCGGAACCGACGAAAAUGUGGCCAGGUUCUACCUGUCCAGCUGCGACUGGGACAUAGAGCACGCCUUGGGAAACUAUUGGAGCACCCAGGUAGAUUUGCCGGUUCCGGUGCCAUCCGUGGGCCACGCGGACAAUCCAAAACCCAAGCCGACGUCAAGUAGUGGAGCAAGUGCAGCAGUACCUGCUGCCCAAGCAACUAAAAGUUCUGAUGCCUCAUCGUCAGCUCCAGUGGACAUCGCACCGGCUGCGUCCAAAUCCAAGCCAAAAUUCGCCACCCUUAGUGACAUGUCCAAAGAGCCAUCCAGCGAUGACGACCAGCAGGCCUUCUAUGCAGGCGGCUCAGAUCGAUCCGGUCAACAGGUCCUGGGCCCGCCGAAGCGUAAAAAUUUCCGCGAACAGCUCACCGACAUGAUGCGUUCUGCGCAGGAGCAGAACAUUGCAGAGGUGGGUCCCUCCACUAGCAGCGGCAGCGGAGGUGGAGCUAGUGGCGCCGUCUGGGGCCAAGGCAUGCGGCUGGGCAUGACCGAUAAUGAUCACACGGCUGUGGGCACCAAUAAACCGCCACAAAGCAGCGAAAACAAGCCAGUAGUGGUGUUGAAGCUCUGGAGUCAGGGUUUCUCCAUUGAUGGCGGCGAACUGCGUCACUACGACGAUCCACAAAACAAGGAAUUCCUAGAGACUGUCAUGCGCGGAGAAAUUCCGCAAGAGCUGCUUGAGAUGGGCCGCAUGGUCAAUGUGGAUGUAGAGGACCACCGGCAUGAGGACUUUAAACGUCAGGCAGCUCCGCAGACAUUCAAGGGAUCCGGCCAGAAGCUGGGCAGUCCCGUGGCCAAUAUUGUCAACGAAGCUUCAACAGUUCCAGUGGCACUGUCGCCCGGUGAGACAGCCAACCAGGAGGCUAGUGCCCGAGAUGCCAUUAACUUGAAUUCCGAAGCACCGUCCACUACUCUGCAGAUUCGUCUGGCCGAUGGCUCGCGCCUAGCUGCGCAAUUUAAUCUGACGCACACCGUUUCUGACAUACGGCGAUUCAUUCAAACGGCACGGCCUCAGUACUCAACCAGUAACUUCAUCCUGGUUUCUUCGUUUCCCACUCGAGAGCUGAGCGACGACAAUUCCACUAUUGAGAAGGCUGGCCUUAAGAAUGCGGCUCUCAUGCAGCGCCUCAAGUAACUCUAAGUUAAAUACGCGUAAAAGCUCCAAGCGUUGGAAGCAACAACCUAUGAAAUAAAACUGGAUUUGGUGAAGUCGGGAAACCUAUACGGCUGAAUCCGAUGUCUAUAAUUGUCUAUAAUAUAUACAAUAUACCAAA